CUCAAACUUAGCGUUUGAUGGAGAAGGCGGGAGUUAAUUCAAGCCAAACUGUUCACAAAACCCGACGGGAGUCACUUCGACGAGAAUGGACGAUAAAGGCUGCUAUGAAGAAACGAGCGGUCAGCAGGAACAAACCCAAGACACAAACCCGUUUAACUUCACGCCGCAGCUGAUUCACCUGCACCGCAGUCAUGAGUGGUUCGAGGACGGAGACAUCCAGAGACACAUGUACCUGCAAGAUCUUUACAUCCCGGAGGAGGAAAAGGCAGCCAUUCGUGUGUCAGAGUUCGGCUGUCACAUCUCCGGCUGUAGUGCCGUUCACAGUACCUUGGAGGAGUAUGAGCAUCACUACAACUCCUUGCACAGACAUGUCUGCUCUUCCUGUCAUCGCGCCCUACCAACAGCCCGACUCCUCGACAUACACAUCCAAGAGUGGCAUGACUCUCUUUUUACCAUCCUCGCCCAGCGUCAAAACAUGUAUCAGUGUUUGGUGGAGGGCUGUGAGGACAAGUUCAAGACCAGCGUUCACAGAAAGGAUCAUCUGAUAAGGAUUCAUAAAUAUCCCCCGGAUUUCAGAUUUGAUAAGAAGAAAAAAGACAGUGGAAAGAAAGAGAAGAAACACAAGCAGCAAAAUGACACUGCAAUGGAGGUAGUGAACACUGUGCGUGAAUCUGCUGCUGCUGCCAGUUUAUCCCCCAAACCUGAGGAAAUGGAAUCUAUGGAGACACACUCUUCCAGAGAAGAUGAUGAAGCAAAGCUGGACACUUUUACAGCGGUCGAUAUUUCGAACAGGAUGAGUGCGGAACCUCAGAAGCCUCAGUAUUCGUACAGGAUCCCGGCGAACGUGUGUUUUGGCCAUGGAUCCAUCCGAGGCUUCAGAGGACGCAGAGGAAGAAGGAAAUAAAUCGCCUCACUGUGUCAUUUUAUUCUCCCAAAUAAAUUAUUUUGCCUACACUUUUAUUUGUGUUUGCCUUUAUUCAGAAUAAUAGAAAAAUAAUCUUUCAUUCAUUAAAAACAAAUGAAAAAAAAAAGAAAUCAUCUCCCGUGGACAAGUACAAAUUCAGAAUUCAUUUAAUAGAUCUGAAAAGGUUCUCACUCAACAUAUAUAAAAUUCACUUUACAUUUUUACAUGUCUGACUGGUGAAUCCAUCAGCAGUGUUUAUAGGCACAAAGAACAGUUAUUUACACAAUAUAAGGCUUUUGUUCUUUGGGGGGACCAAUUCUAGUGAAAAAAAGGAUUAAAUCACCCUCAAAUAUUCAUCAAGAUUAAAAACAAUGAAGCAGUUUGAAAUGGUUUGUCAUAAUAGAACUUCGAGCAAAGCUAAAAAAUAAAAUAAAAUUAUAAAUACGUGAUGAUAUAAUUCGGGAAUAACGACUUUAAUUGCUUAUUUUGAGCCCAAAGCUUAGCUCACUAAUUGCGCGCCCUGGAAAACAACCGUUUGUUAAUAAAUUAAAAACGAAGUUGGCAGAAAAAAAACCUUUCGAGUCCGUGCAGGAGAUGGGCAACUUGUGUGAUAGUAUGCGAAGGUGAAAUUUCAAUUAUUUGGGGACGAACGAUCAAGAUUUAAAUUGAUAAAUGCAGGCAUCGUCGCUUACUGGACCAUUCUAUUUUCCGGGGCUCUAAAGGCGUGGUGCUUCCGAUAGUCGUGUUAUGAUAAGUAGUACAUCCCAUAAGGUCCACUGAAAAGUCCGGGGACGGGCAUCGCAGGCCGAGCUCCGUACAGGGCCGGCGCGGCGCUCAGAGGGAAGGGGAUGGCGAAGGCCGCCGGCAGCAGCGGUUUAGCGGCCAGUUUCAGCUUCUCCAGCUCGGCCUCCUGCAGUCUCUUGGCCUUUGCUCGGCGGUUCUGGAACCAGAUCUUGACCUGGGUCUCUGUGAGGCUGAGGGAGUUGGAGAACUCGGCUCUCUCCGCGAUGGAGAGGUAUUGUUUCUGCCGGAACUUCCUCUCCAGCGAGAGCAGCUGAGUGGUCGUGAAGGGGGUUCUGGGCUUCCUGUUGUUCUUGUGUUUGC